AUGCAUGUGAUAUUCUUCUUAAUCACUUUUUGUGCAUUAGUCAAUGGUGAUUGUAUUUUUCGUUCAAAUGAUUCAAAGGUUCUUCAAGAUAAAAUAAAGAAAUGGAAAAUAUAUAACAAUACUUUAACAAGAAACACGAGUACAUCAAUAUAUCAAAUUGGAAUUUGUUUAGCACCUAACAAUGCUGAUAUUCAUGGAGCUGUUAUACAAAAAGAAAAUAAUAAUAAUAAUAAUACUUAUGUUCUUGGAAAAUUAGAUGAAGCUAAUCUUGUUGAAGGAGCUAAUUUUAUACUUCUGACAUAUCACAAUGGUACUCGAUAUAGCAAUCAAUGUUAUGAUAAUACGCGUUCAGCUUCAAUUUUCUUUAUUUGUGGACAGAAUAAAGAAAAUAUUACAGUCUUAGAAGAACAUACAACUACCGAUGAACAUUGUAAUUAUGUGUUUGAAGUUCAAAUCCCUGAAAUGUGUCCGGUUGUUCCACAAGAGAAAAAAAGCAUGAGCGGUGGUGCCAUAUUUCUCAUCACUAUUUUGUGUUUAGCUUCUGCUUAUUUAAUUGGUGGCUUUUUAUUUAUGCGUAUAAAACGUGGUGCUCGUGGUGUUGAUCAAAUUCCAAAUUUUGAAAUGUGGCGUAGAUUAGGUCAUUUAGCUGCUGAUGGAUGUGAUUUUUGUUGUCGUUGUAAUCCAAAUACAUCAAGACAAGGAUAUUUUCUUGAUGAAACAGGACCAGAUACGCGCAGUGAUGAUGACAUUCUUUCACCAUAA